AUGACGUCCUUUUCCCUCACGGGUGCCGGCCCCAACAAACUCACAAAGACCCGAGGCGCAAAGGUCGUCAAGCCCAUCCUCAAAAAGUUGUCAUCGUCGCCAAAGAACUCGUUGGAUUUGAACCGCGGAUGGGAUGAGCAGCCGGUGGACCAGCUCGAUAUCGACAACGGCAACAACAGGAACAGCGUCAACUACAGGUCCGCAAAGGAUGUCAGCUUUGGGUACGCCGGAGGUGUUGUAGCCGCAAAGGCGGAUGAGGACAGUGUCGCCGACUUGGGUGCUACUGGAAACAGCGUUCGUGUCAAGUACCAGCACACUCGCUCUGCUUCGCAAACAUCGUCUGGCAGUGGCUCCCGAGCCUUUUAUCAUCCUUUCCAACAGACGCCGCGUACAGCUACCCCGCCGCUGUCAUAUGCCCCUUCACUCUCCUCUUUCGACAACGGUCGUUACUCGCCUACCAUCGCAGAAACUGAAGACGAGACGGCCACUGAUUCACAGCAAGUCCAGCCACAGCCAACAAGUCACCCUAUGCAGUCGCCUCCUCCUCCCGUCAGGUCCAACACUACCAACAUCUUGCGCCAAAGACCGUCUAUUGCCAGCUCUCGCGCCAAUUCCUAUUCCGACGCCAACUCUGCCUCCAAGGCCCUCCGCAUCAACACUAGCCGAUCAACCCCCACGGCUGUCUCUUCCCGCCCUGACGCACAGCUUGACCAGAACGACUCUCCUACCGGCGUUGUGGGUGAUGUUGUCUCCUCCAUUCAGAGGCAGCCCACUGUUGUUUCACCGACAUCCUCCACUGGUACCCCAAUGUCUCCGCUACGCACUUCGCUCGAUAUCACCUCGGGCUUCCCUCGUCUUCGCAGCCGUUCCACCGAGAUCGACUCAGCUGCCCGCCUCGAGAAGAUCCGCAACGCGCGCCGCAAGUUCGAGGAGAAGGAGAGGGCCAACCAGGAAAAGCAUGAUCGUGAACUGAUCAAGAAGCGCGAGCGCAAGGACACCAAGGAAGCGAGCCGCAUUGAGAAGGAGUCUGCGAGACAGAGCAGUCUCAGUGAUAUUCCCAGGCCCUCUAUGUCCCGCAAGGCCACCGCUACCAGCAUCGCAUCGAUCACCGGCCCUACCAGGACAGCUUCUGGAUUCAGCUUCACCAAGAACGGCAGCGGUGGCUCUUCAAAGACCAGCCGCUCCAAGGGCGAUGUCACUGCUUCCUCAUUCUGGGAUCGGUCUUCUACCAUUGGCCCGGCCACCAACCCUACUAGCGGCGAAAACUCGCAACCGGAGAUGUCUGAGAAGCAUGGUCUUGGGUUCGCCAGUCGCAAGUACGAGAGCACGCCAACUGACCAGGCUGCUCCUCCGGCUUUCGUCGCCAACCCUGUGGAUCAUGUCAAGUUCGAGCAGACCCGUCGCCGGUCUAGCGGACCCAAGAGGAGGACUCAGAACUACUGGCAGGAGUUUAUCCUCUGGUUGAGGACCAAGAUCCUCCGCUUGAGCGGUCGCUAA